AACGUGCUCUUGUGUCUUCCCAGCACUCUCUUCUGAACUAGCAGGUUCUUCUAAAGUGUAACAAUAUGACCCUGCAGUGGACCGCAGUGGCAUUUUUUCUCUAUGCAGAGAUCGUAGCGAAUGUGAUAUUAUGUAUACCAUUCAUAUCAGCUAAAAGGUGGAGGCGGUUUUUCAGCUGGGGUAUCUGGAACUGGCUCAGCCCUUAUUGGAACAAAUGCUUCUUUACUAUGGCCAUGGUCCUUCUUGUUCUGUUUCUAGAUGCAGCCCGUGAGGUGCAGAAAUAUUCCAGACCGGAACCCCUGAUGGACGCCAGGGUCCCCAAUGCGUAUGACCAUGUGCAUAUGAAGCUGUUCCGAGCCCAAAGAAACCUCUACAUCUCUGGCUUCUCUAUCUUCCUCUGGCUAAUAAUGUCUCGAGUUGUGACCUUGUUAAACCAAGUUGCUGUGAGUGCAGAGAACGGUGCUGCUCUCCAAGCACAAAUGGACAAUAUGACAAAUGUAGUGAAACAGCAUGAAGAGGACAAUGAGAGGCUUAGACAGACGAUGCUUGAUGAGGAAAAGACAGUGGUAGUCAGAAAUCAGCUGCUUAUGUUGAAAAUUCAGAAGCUUGAAAGUCAGCUAAAGACUUCUGAGUCAGCUGUGCACAGGUCUCAGGCAGAGGUCGAUGCCAUGAGGAGGCAGGCCAAAGGUCUGGCUCAAGAGUACGACAGACUUCUGUGUGAGCAUCAUCAGCUACAGAAUCAACCAGGUGUUUCAGACAAAAAGGAUCAGUAGUUUAGGGCAUUUUUAAUUUUAAUUUUUUUUUUGCAUUA